AUGAGUUUUGUUUUCAAUUUCAGGUAUAUGCUGGGUCGUCGUUCGCAGAGUCACGAGCUUAUACCAUACGACCCUGAACUAGAGAACACACUUCGUUAUCUCCAUCGAGAUAAAAAUAAGCAAGAUACACUUCCAAUCAAGAUGGGAGACGAGUUGGAACUCAACAACCUCACCCGACCUUUGAAGGACUUCACAGUUCCUAAAGCAUUGGACCAGCCGUCUUGUAUUGCGUAUCCAGCCACUACAACCACCUUUGAGAUCAAGAGUGGCACCAUUCACCUUUUGCCGCAAUUCUAUGGCAAGGCUGGGGAUGAUCCUCACAUACAUAUCAAGGAUUUCUUUGCCGUGUGCGCGACUAUGCACAAUGGAGGGAUUAGUGAUGAGGCAAUCAGAUUGCGUUUAUUUCCAUUCUCACUCAAGGAACGAGCCAAGGAGUGGCUCUAUUCUUUACCUAGUGCAUCUGUCACCACAUGGACAUCAUUGGCUUCCAAGUUCCUUGCAAAGUUCUUUCCAGCUCAAAAGACAAACCAUAUUAGAAAGGAGAUCAUGGGAGUGCAGCAACUAGAUGGAGAAUCAUUUCAUGAGUAUUGGGAUCGGUUUCAGAGACUCCUAGCUUCAUGCCCUCAUCACCAAAUUGAAGAUUGGCUACUUAUGCAAUACUUUUAUGAGGGAUUACUUGAUUCGGAGAGGAUGAUGGUUGAUGCUACUAGUGGAGGAGGUUUGAUGAACAAGAGUGCUACUCAAGCCAAGGAGAUGUUUGAGAACAUUGCAGCAAACUCUCAACAGUUUAAUUACCGGAGAGCUCCCUCAAAGAAAGCAGGUGUUUAUGAGGUAAGUGCUAGUGAUAUUGGUCCUCAAAUAGCUAAUUUGACUAACCUUGUUAAGCAAUUAAUCCCUCAAGCACAAGUGUGUGCCGUGUGUGCUAAUCCCGGACAUCCUACGGAGUCUUGUCCAAGCUUGUAUGGUGAUGGAGAAGAGAUGGCUCAAGCACACUAUAUGCAGCAACAAAAGCCAAGAAACGAUCCAUUUUCUAACACUUAUAAUCCGGGAUGGCGGCAACACCCUAACUUUGGAUGGAAGAACAACCAAAAUGUGCAAACAGCCCCAGUUCGACAAAAUCAAUUUGUUCCUCAACAAAAUGCACCUGCACCACCUCAUGGGCAAGGUAAGUCUUUAGAAGAGUUAAUUAAUUCUUUGGCAUUAAGCACUCAGGGUUUUAUGCAGGAAACAAGGCAAACACAGGCACAAAUGUCUACAGCAAUCAAGAGCCUUGAAAAUCAAGUUGGACAAAUUGCAGCCUCCUUGAGUCAAAGAGAGCCAGGAAAGUUUCCAAGCCAAGUAAUUCCAAAUCCUAAUGGAGGCCAUGACACCGCAAAUGCGAUUACUCUUCGAAGUGGAAAAAAGGUGGAAAAGGAUGACAAUGAGGAGAGAAAUUCAACCAAAACAGUAGCUGCCCCCUCUCCCAAGCUUACGGUUCCAAGUGACAACUCUAAGGUAAGUUCUCUUGUGAAUCAUUCAAUUACUUCAAAGGUUCCUUUUCCUCGUAGGUUUUUGAAUUCAAAAAAGGAGCAAGUUUCAAAGGAUAUCCUAGAGACUUUCCGAAAAGUGCAAGUGAACAUUCCCUUGCUCGAUGCAAUCCAACAAAUUCCAAGAUAUGCAAAAUUCCUCAAAGAACUUUGUACAAAUAAGAGGACGUUCAAGGAGCAUGAAACCGUGGCCUUAAGUGAAGAAGUCUCCGCCGUGCUAUUGCGUAAAUUACCUCCUAAACUAAAGGAUCCAGGGAGUUUUACUAUACCUUGUCUCAUUGGAAAUCAAAGGUUUGAACAUGCUUUAUUAGACUUAGGUGCUUCAAUUAAUUUGAUGCCUUUUUCUGUUUUUGAAUCUUUAAAUUUAGGUGAGCUUAAGAAGACUUCCGUGAGCAUACAAUUGGCUGAUCGAUCAAUCAAGUAUCCUAAGGGAGUGUUGGAAGACGUUUUGGUCAAGGUGAAUGAGCUAAUUUUUCCAACUGACUUUCUAGUGCUCGAGAUGGAGGAAGUUCCUAUUCCUGGAAAAGACCUUCCAUUGAUUCUAGGACGUCCAUUCAUGAGAACAGCAAGGACAAAAAUUGACGUGUAUGAAGGCAUUCUCACAAUGGCAUUCGAUGAGGAAACCGUGGAGUUUAAGGUCUUUGAUGCAUUAAAAUAUCCUAAUGAUGAUCAUGCUUGUUUUUCCAUGGAUGUACUUGAGCGAAUGGUACAAGAAACAUUUAAUGCAUCACAAGAAGAGACACCAUUGGAGAGGGCACUCAUCCAAAGCCCCGAAACUGUGAAUGAAGAAGGGAACACAGCUUUUAACUCUAUUUUUGAGCCUCUUCCAUUAUCUACUAAUAAGCUUGUUCCCUCUAUUGUGAAGGCACCACAGGUUGAGCUAAAACCCCUUCCAGAGAACUUGAAAUAUGCAUAUUUAGGUGAUGAAAAGACGCUGCCUGUGAUCAUUGCUUCUAAUUUGAGUGCAUCCGAAGAAGACAAACUAAUUCGAGUUCUAAGGGAGCACAAGACUGCCCUAGGUUGGACCAUUGCAGACAUCAGAGGAAUAAGCCCUACAAAGUGCAUGCAUAGGAUCUUUUCGGAAGGAGAAUCGAAACCUACAAGGGAAGCCCAAAAGAGGCUGAAUCCGGUAAUGAAAGAAGUCGUUAAGAAGGAAAUUUUGCAGCUUUUGGACGUGGGAAUUAUAUACCCCAUUUCGGAUAGCAAGUGGGUGAGUCCCGUCCAAGUUGUUCCCAAGAAAUCCGGAAUUACCGUUGUGAAGAAUGAAGACAAUGAGUUGGUGCCUCAAAGAAUUCAAACAGGUCACAUUAUCUCUUGUAGGGGAAUUGAAGUGGACAAGGCAAAAAUCGACAUUGUGAGAAGCUUGCUGCCCCCCAAAACCGUUAAGGAGAUUCGGUCAUUCCUAGGACAUGUAGGGUUCUAUAGGCGUUUCAUCAAGGACUUUUCAAAAAUAUCAAGGCCCCUAUGUCGAUUGCUUGGCAAAGAUGUGGAAUUCGAGUUUAAUGAAGAGUGCUUGGCUGCAUUUAACAAGCUUAAGGAGCUUUUGACGUCUGCUCCCAUCAUGCAGCCUCCAGAUUGGAAUUUUCCCUUCGAGUUGAUGUGUGACGCCUCGGAUUAUGCAGUGGGGGCCGUGCUUAGACAAAGAGUGCACAACGUACCACAUGCCAUCUAUUAUGCCUCCCGGACUUUGAAUGAUGCUCAGUUGAAUUACUCACCUACAGAAAAGGAGUUGCUUGCUGUUAUUUUUGCUUUAGAGAAAUUUAGAUCAUAUCUUAUUGGCACUAAAGUAAUUGUAUUCUCUGAUCAUGCCGCGCUUAGGUACCUCCUCCAAAAGAAGGAGGCCAAGCCCCGACUGAUUAGGUGGACUCUCUUGCUUCAAGAAUUUGAUUUGGUGAUUAGAGACAAGAAAGGGAGUGAAAACGUGGUGGCUGACCAUUUGAGUAGGCUGGCGCAAGGAUCCAAUGAAGAAGAGGACGUGCUUCCUCUACGUGAAAGUUUCCCCGAUGAGCAACUCUUCACCCUCGAAGCCAAGGACCCUUGGUACGCUGACAUUAUCAAUUAUAAGGCUUCAAAACUGAUUCCGAAGGAUCUCACUCGCGCUCAAAAGGAUAAGCUUGUAAAAACAAGUAGGUAUUAUGUUUGGGAUGAUCCAUACUUAUGGAAAUAUUGUCCAGAUCAGAUUGUUAGAAGGUGCGUGUCUGAAUCUGAAUUUAAUUCUAUACUUACCUUUUGUCAUUCAUCUGCAUGUGGUGGACAUUUUGGUACUAAGAAAACAGCCCUUAAAGUAUUGCAAUGUGGUUUUUAUUGGCCUAGCUUGUUCAAAGAUGCAUAUACUUAUUGUUCCACAUGUGAUAGAUGUCAAAGAACCGGUAACAUUAGCUCUAGGAAUCAAAUGCCUUUAACGCCUAUCCUUAUUGUUGAAAUAUUUGAUGUGUGGGGCAUUGAUUUUAUGGGACCAUUCCCUUCCUCUUAUGGCUUUAUUUACAUUCACCUUUCUGUUGACUAUGUCUCUAAAUGGGUGGAAGCAAUUCCUACCCGGACUAAUGAUUCAAAAGUUGUUUUGAGUUUUGUGAAGGACAACAUCUUUUCUAGGUUUGGAACAUCAAGAGCCAUUAUCAGCGAUGGAGGCACUCACUUUUGCAAUAGGUCAUUUGAGGCACUUUUAAAGCGGUAUGGAAUUACACAUAGGGUCUCGACACCUUAUCAUCCCCAAACAAGUGGACAAGUGGAGAUUAGUAACCGAGAAAUCAAGCAAAUCUUGGAGAAAACCGUGAGCCCUACGAGAAAGGAUUGGAGUUUGAGACUUAAUGAAGCAUUAUGGGCAUAUAGGACAGCUUACAAAACCCCCAUUGGUAUGUCUCCUUUUCGUUUGGUUUAUGGUAAAGCAUGUCACCUUCCGGUUGAACUUGAACAUAGAGCAUUUUGGGCAAUCAAGAAAUUCAAUUUCGAUAUGAAAGAGGCUGGAGAUGCAAGGCGACUCCAAGUGAAUGAAUUGGAUGAGAUGAGGAAUGAUGCCUAUGAGAGUGCACAGAUUUACAAGGAAAAGACGAAGGCAUUUCAUGACAAAGCCAUUCAAAGGAAGACCUUUGAAAUAGGGCAGAAAGUCUUGCUCUUCAAUUCACGCCUCCGGCUAUUCCCAGGUAAGUUGCGUUCUAGAUGGUACGGUCCUUUUGUUGUUAUUAAUGUUUUCCCUCACGGUGCAGUUGAGAUUCAAAAUGACAAGACGGGAAACAUAUUCAAAGUGAACGGACAUCGCUUGAAGCCAUACUAUGAAUCUUUUGAGCUUGGCAAAGAGAGCAUGCACGUGGAUGCACCACCCCCAUCUAUUGAUUAA